AUGAGUAAAGACAACAUCAAGCACAGCCGCAAAAUGAGGCUUUGGAAUCCAGCUGAUAGAAUUUCGGAUGAGCCUUUGAAAGAAGGCGAUGAAUAUUCUAUCUGUGAGCAGUUUUUUAGAAAAACCAAUAGCAUCGAGAACGAAGUUGUUUACAUUCCUGACAUUUCAAAGGACUAUGUUAUGUCAGACGCCUAUAGCUACGAGCCUUUUGAUUUCUAUGAAUUCUGCAAUAGAGACCAUUGUGUUGAGACAUUGAAAUGUUUAAGAUUGCGCAUGCAAGUCUUUGAGCUUUUGGAGUAUGCUAGGAAUGAAUCCUUUGCUAUUGAAUCCUUGGUUAAGAAAUAUCACGAAGAAACAGAUGAGAAAACAAAGAUAAUGCUAAAGGAAUUAGUAAAGGUAAAAUCGAGUAACUUGAAGCUAGUCGAUCAGGUCAGAGGAGGCAUUGUUGAAAUAUUCCAAUGUGCACAGGAUGCAGGAGAUUAUUUGGAUAAAAUGUAUAGACUGAUUAAGAAAGAUAAAUGA